AUGGGGGGCGCGGAGGGCUGCCUCCACUGCGGACACGAGUUCAAGAACCUGAGGAUGCGUUUCGCCCGGCUCUGCGCCCGCCACCGAGAGCGUUUCGCCCGGGGGGGCUGCUCCAAGUACCCCUGGGGGGCAGCGGCUGUUCGGGACUUCGCCUUAGCCUCCCCCCCCUUCUCUAUUUUCUCGGCCCCAGAUGAGGCAGCGCUGGACUUGCUCCUGGAGAAAGCCCAUCGGGUGCUCCGGGUGAUCGAAAUAAAACAGAGCUUUGUGGACGUCCCGAAGUUUUGGAACUGGCUGCACGAGGUUAAGAUCCCCAGCGAGACCAGAGAAGAAAUGGGACAAAACUCACGUAACGGCGGUGGGGAUACUUUGGGUCCUGUUGUGGUCGUGAAUUGUUGUCCGUUUAUUGCAUCUCUUCUGCCAGAUGUGGCGGCCUCCCUCUUCAACUGCUCCAGCUGCCGAAGGAUGGAGAUACCCUGCUGGGACCGGAGGAUCUGCUACCCAGGUUUCAGUUCCGUUCGGAUGUUGGAAGGAAAUAGAAGGAGGCACGAAGAUUCUAGUCCUCUGCGUGCCCUCUGGCAUGCCAGCCGCAAGCGUGCAAGAGGGAGGCGACGUGGAGCCUGGGUGUGCAAGAAUCUACAUGGCUCCACAUAG